UCCAAACAGUCCAAGAGAGUGGGAGGAGCAUCAUCCAACCAGGAAACUAUGGAGAUGGCUGCAACAUCCAACCAGGGAACUAUGGAGAUGGCUGCAACAUCCAACCAGGGAACUAUGGAAAUGGCUGCAACAUCCAACCAGGCCAAGAGAGUGAGAGGAGCAUCAUCCAAACAUUCCAAGAGAGUGAGAGGAGUAUCAUCCAACCAGGCCAAGAGAGUGAGAGGAGGAUCAUCCAACCAGGAAACUAUGGAGAUGGCUGCAACAUCCAAUCAGGGAACUAUGGAGUUGGCUGCAACAUCCAUCCAGGCCAAGCCAGUAAGAGGAGUACCAUGCAAGCAGGUGAAAUCCCUGAAAGAUGGUGAGAUCUUGGCACCCAAGACUGACUAUGCUCAGCUACUGAGUACCAGAGGCUCAGACAACAGUCGCCAGGAAUCACAGAAGAAUUUUGGGCCAAAGCAACCAGAAGAGGUUGAUAUCUCUGCAGUGAAGUCCCUGGAGCAUUCUGAUCUUUUGGAGAUCUACCAAACGUGCCUGGGGCUGGUCCAGCCUCCUUGGGCAUCCAAAGACUUUGACAUAGACACAUUAGUGAAAAUAUAUUCAUUGCCUGGGGAUGAUGACCCCAAAAGCUUUGAUAAGUAUCUCUACCCAGGAUUACCUGACUGAGGCAGAGGGGCUGGUAUGACCUACAAACCCAUCCAUAGCUUUGAA